CCCGUUCGGCGACGCCCCGGCGCCCGGCCGGCCCUCAGGGAGGCGGACCCCGCGGCCCGCACCCUCGCCCGCGGUCGGGCUGGACUGGGCGGUGUCAGCGGAGGCCCUCGCUAGGCGCGUCCGCCGCGCGAGACCCGGGCAGCUGCGGCGUCGACCAGAGCGGCGGCGGGGACGUCCGCUAUGGAGACCCGCUACAACCUGAAGAGCCCGGCUGUUAAGCGAUUGAUGAAAGAAGCGGCAGAAUUGAAAGAUCCAACAGAUCAUUACCACGCUCAGCCUCUGGAGGAUAACCUUUUUGAAUGGCACUUCACAGUUAGAGGGCCCCCAGAUUCUGAUUUUGAUGGAGGAGUUUAUCAUGGACGCAUAGUACUGCCACCAGAGUACCCCAUGAAACCACCAAGCAUUAUCCUGCUAACAGCUAAUGGACGGUUUGAAGUAGGCAAGAAGAUCUGUCUAAGCAUCUCAGGACAUCAUCCUGAAACCUGGCAGCCUUCAUGGAGCAUCAGGACAGCCUUGCUGGCCAUCAUCGGGUUUAUGCCGACUAAAGGAGAGGGAGCCAUAGGUUCCCUAGAUUACACCCCGGAGGAGAGAAGAGCGCUUGCCAAAAAAUCACAAGAUUUCUGUUGUGAAAGCUGCGGCUCUGCCAUGAAGGAUGUCCUGUUGCCAUUAAAAUCUGGAAGCUGUUCAAGCCAGGCUGACCAAGAAGCCAAAGAACUGGCCAGACAGAUUAGUUUUAAGUAUGGCGCCCAGAAUCCAUCAGGAGCACCCUUGCCACAACCUUCCCAGCCAGCUCCUAAGAAUACUUCCAUGAGCCCUCGGCAGCGCAGAGCCCAGCAACAGAGUCAGAGAAGGCCAUCCACUUCCCCCGAUGUGCUCCAAGGCCAGCCACCAAGAGCCCAGCACACAGAGCACGGCGGGUCCGCCAUGCUGAUCAUCAUCCUGACUUUGGCAUUGGCGGCUCUUAUAUUCCGACGAAUAUAUCUGGCCAAUGAGUACGUAUUUGACUUUGAGUUAUAAUGCUGGUUUGUGACUUAUGAGCUGUGACUCAGUUGCUUCAUUAAACAUUCUGCAUUGGGUAUAACCUAAGGAUUGUUUACAAAAAGAUUAUUUUGUAUUUACCCUUCGUUACAUUUUUUAUUGUUAUAAAUUCAUUGUGCUUUUAGUAGACAUUCAGGCUAUGGUCCAACGGUUUGUCCUGCUUAGGUUAAGGGACUGGAAGUCAUAGUUCCUUGUCUUACUAUUUAAUCUACUUCACAAACAAGUAACUUAUUGUGGUUGCUCACAGCCAAGCUGCUUUUCUAUGUAGUCCUUUGGAUUUUCAGAUAAAAGAAGGUGUUUCCACAUUGGAGUAUUACUGGUACUCAGUGUCCCUUGCUGAGUACUGUCGUUAGUUGUAUAGACCAAGGGGGAUGAAGAAUUGGGGAGGGGCACUGCUCACUAGCUUAGCUUCUUGAGAAGUGUCAUUUACAGUAGAGACAGGGGAGUGCCCAUUCUGUGAACUUUGUAUUUGAAACUUUGUGCGGUGAGAAUAAUUUUAUUUCAGACAUUUAUGAAGAUCUUUGUUAUAUUUUUGUUUUUGGAUAUUACUUGAAGAGGAAAGACUUUGUAGCCCCUUUGGUAUGCAAUCUCCAGUAUGCACACAAAUGAAAAGAAAACGACCUGUCUCAAGGAAGGAAGGGUCCAAGCCAGAAGUUGUUUGAUUUUUCUUUCACAAGUGGUGAGGAGAUCUUAAAGUUUGAGUAUUUACUUUCAUUUGUACAUGGUUUGAAUUAUAUGCCCAGCUCAUAAUCACUAUAGCUUUUCAUUAUUCCAGAAAUAUGCUUAGCAUUCAGAUUUUAAUAGAAAAACUGCGGACCCAAGUAACAGCGAUGAAUUAACCACAACAAACCUUUACUUAGAAUUGUUCACUAGUCAAAGCCUAAGAAAAUUUCAUGAAAAGUCUAUCUUCUCCUGAGUGCCAGCAAGUCCCCCCAUGCUGACGUGCAGCUCUGUCAUCCCAGUGACUAGUGAGACCGCUUAGGACAGCGUUGCCUUCAAGCAUGCUCCUUCAGCAACCUCGAGGGCACUGUCGAGGGGCUGCCAUUGCCCAAUUGACUGGAAAAUGUAGGCAGCUUUUAAAUAGUUCAUGCUCUCAAAGCCCAUUUAGAAGUUUUUGUUUUGUUUUUUUGUUUUUAAGGACAACUGAAUAUAAAUGGCGUUUGGGUUCUAGCUCAGUCCACAACUGUCAGUUCAUAAUGUCUUUUAAGUAUAUGUGGGAGGGGAGUUGUAAAGUCCUCAUGUGGUUUUAACUAAAUAUAAUUAUGGACAAGAAAAAAAAACAGCUCACAAAAAUCAUUCUAAAGGUGAGCUUAAUUUUCACUCCUGUCAUGUGAUGUUGCGAUCUGUUACCACUGAAGGUAAUUUUCACUUGUAUUUGGUAGUCAGGUUUUGUUGUUUCUGUUGUUAUCCCAACACCUAAAGUUUUAAAAGGCACUGAGUGCUAGACUAUAAUCUCCCAGUUUUAUAGAGUAGAUUUUAUAGUUAUUUGAAGAUUGUUUAUAGAUGAGGUUGGUAAAAUCUAGAAAGCCCAAGGACUUUGUGAAGACUUGAUGUAAGGAAGACUAUAGGUUACCAUUUUAAAAAUAAUGUUCUUGCCAUGAAAAAGUAUAUUUUGAGGUCUUAGUUUAUAAUAUGAGAAACUUGGGGUCCAUGAUCCAGUAAGAAGUCAGUAACCCAAUGGGAAGCCAUGUGGUGAGGGUUGUUCUGAGAUCUUAUCCACUCCCCUCACUGUCGCUAACUGGCUACCUCCUUACGUGUGUUGGCAUUCCUUAGCACCCGAUACACACAUCAAAGUGGUACAUUUUGCUUUUACCCCUGAUAUGCUAUCUAAAAAUUGUCCUCCAACCCCCACCUUGGAGCUAGUGAGGUCCUGGAAGGGCCUCUGUUGUCAGAGCCUCAGGUUACCUCCCUAGAUCCAGCAUAAGGCACAAACCAUGGAGAAGCUGGUAGGUAAAGUCUUCAAUUCUUGUUUCCCCAGUCCUCAGAGUUCAGAACUCAAGGCUUCUUCACUGACCAGCAUAGCACAUGAGUACACAUCAAAUUAGUUCAAAUAGCAUGCUUGAAAAAAUAAUGCCUGUUUUGCUUGUAGCAGUCUGGCCCAUGAGCCAUCUGAACCUUAUGUACGUGGGUGGGGCUUUGAUGUAGCACUUUACAUUUCCCUGCUGCUGCUGUUGUUUAUUCUACUGAAAUAAAUGCUUUCACCAAGCUGCUCAGUGAAUUUAAAAAUUAAGUUAUUUACUGUGUUACUAUGAAAAUGGCAACUUCCCCUGUUUCAGAGAAUAAGAACUCUGCUUAUUCAGCUUCCGUUUAUGAAGAAACACCGUGUUAAGAUUGCUCACUUUUAUAGCCCAGAAUUUCAAACCUCACAUACCUGUUCUUACGAGGCCUCAGGAUGAAGUAUGAAGAAGCCUACAUCGCUCUAUUGCCUGCGAACACGUAUGUAUCAAGGGUACCGUAGUGACCCUCAAUGUUGAGUGACUCCCUGAGGCCUUGUGAACAAACAUCUGUUCACCUCAAACAGGGCAUUACCCCCAGUCCAAAGCCAGUUCACCCAAGGCUAUGUUAGUGGCCAGUGAGUUUAUUGGGGUUACUUACAACAUGAGCAUGAGUGGGUGGAAGGUGGUGUCAUCCAGGAAAAGCCUACCUCAGCCUGGGCGAUGACCAAUGACUCAGGGAACAGCAGCUCUACUGCAUGACUGACAGGCAGCUCACCCUAUUGGAGUCUCUCCCUGAGUGGGUGGUGCUUAUUUGGGAUGGGGCUUGUGAAACUUGUUUUGGGAGCUUCCUUACCCUUGCAGGUUUCCUUUACUUCCUGAGCCUUAUAUGCCCCCUGCCCACUCCCCAUUCCAUCUAAACGAGUAUUUCAGUUGGAGCAUUCCUGCCGUGCUACACUGGCUGACCAAGAGUAGUGAUGCAUACCUGAGCAUUGAAACUGGCAGGAAGCUGUUCAGCCCAAAAGCUGUCUGAGCACCUUUUGAACAGGUGUUUUCAGAACUUGUCUGAGCUGCCCAAUAAAACCAGUGACUGUACUCACACCUCAUUUUUAACCAGAGGUGGUUGUACAGUCUUACCCCGUGUCCAUAUUUGAGUGCCAUGUCUGGAUCUUUCCAUUUUCCUUUGUGAUUUUCACCACCAUUUUCAUUAGUCACUGUCUAAUCUGCACAGUUAUCUCUGGAUCUCCUCCAGUCUUGUGCCUUUUUUUUUUUUAAAUACAAACAAUUAGUCUUAAGUAUACCUGCUUCUGCCUUUUGCCUCUCUAUCAAGAAAGUGGCAGCAGGGCGUGGUGG